GCAAGUAGUAGCAAACAUUCGAAGGAUAAAGAACAUAAAAAGAAAAAAUUAAAAGGCAUUAGCGCUUCCGCAGGAAACAAUUCGUCUAAUGAUUUAAUAGAUGCGACUACAAGUAAUAAAACCAUUACAAGAACUGUUCAAGCACCACCCAGAAGGUUUUUGUUGCGUAAUUUCCAUGUACGACGGCGUAGUCCUGUACACGACGCCGAGUCUCACGAAUUUAUUAGGAUUCCCGAAGGACAUGUGGUUGGGUCGUUCUUUCAUCGAUUUCGUUCAUCCCAAAGAUAGAGAGACAUUUUCCGCUCAGGUUACUACGGGUAUUACAAUUCCACUGACUGAUUCCGCUGGAAAAAAUAUGAAAAACUCGUUCUACGUCUUUUUGAGGAAAUACAAAGGUCUCAAAACGACCGGUUUCGGGGUGGUUGAGAAAACUGUCUCCUAUCAGGCCUUCCAACUGACAGCCACAUUUAGGCAUAUCAACGAUUCGCAGGAAACGAAACAUUCGAGCAGUAUUGGCGGAAUAUUUCUUAUCAUUGUUGCCGUUCCGGUAACGUCGUCGUUCAAAGCACCCAACGAGGAGAAAAAUCUUCCUAAAUUCAACAUGCAUCAUACCGCGGCUAGUACAGUAACAUACGUGGAUUCAGAUAUCGUUAAAAAUUUCGGGUUUAUGCCUCAGGACAUUCUAGGACGUUCCGUUUUCGAUUUUUAUCAUCCUGAGGACAUGCCACUACUUAAGGAGGUUUACGAAGCAGCUUUAAGCCAAUGCCAGAUCGCCGGUGCCGUUUAUAGAAGUAAACCUUACAGAUUUGCAGUCCAAAACGGUGGUUUUGCUACCAUUGAGACUGACUGGUCGUGCUUUUUCAACCCAUGGUCUAGAAAAUUAGAAAUCGUUAUAGGAAUGCAUAACAUCUUAAAGGGACCCAGUAAUCCAGACGUUUUCGGCGUUUGUAAAGAAAAAGAGAUAAACAGCGUUUCAGAAGAGAUCCUGAAGAAGGGCGAUAUUGUGAGGGAAGAAAUUUUGAGGCUACUUAAUCAUGAGCGCACAAAGCCGACGGAAGAAGCGAGACAGGAAGUGACGAAACGAUGUAAGGAUCUCACAAAAUUUAUUGAGAAAGUUAUGUCUGAAGUGGCCAGGCCGAAUGUCAAGACUGACUCGCCGGAAAAUUCUAGCGUUAGUGUCCUUGACCGGGAGUUCGUCGUUUUGGGGGAAGUUUCGCCACACAAUGAUUAUUACGAUCAGGCAUCCAGUGAAACGCCUCCCAGUUAUUAUCAGCUCAAUUAUAAUGAGAAUAUUCAUCGAUUCUUUGAAAGCAAACCUCGUACGAAAACUUCUGAAGAAGGAGGACAACCCUCCACAGGGCCGGACUCGGAACAAGAGGGAAAAAGUGUAUCUCCAGCUCAUGAUGACAGCAUGGGUAGUAUUGGAAAGAGUUACAGUCCAAUUCAGAACAGAGAAAGCAGAAGUGGAAGUGGAAAUUUAAGUUCAGCUAGCAACGUUAAUAUGGAAACUGUCGGUACUAGUGGUAAUGGAUCGAAUGAUUCUUACAAUUCACCGCAUCUUACCGAAGCACUUCUAUCAAAGCACAAUAAAGAAAUGGAAAAGAUAAUGAGGAAAAGGUACCGAGAAUAUCGAUCAACUGUUAAAGAAAAGGACGGGAAAUUGUAUAAGAACAAUAAGAAAACACAAAUGGUAUCAAACGCCGUUGAGAAGAAUGAUAGAAAUCCAAACUGCGUCAACCAUCCUCAUGGAGUAAAGAGAAGUGGAUCAAGGUCUUGGGAGGGUGACCAUCAUAAAAUUACUAAGCAUAAACAUCAAAUAAAUCUUAACCCGGCUAAAGGCGAAACUGGGACUGGAGAUAAUAACAAUUUUAAUAAUUUACGAACCCCUCAAGACACACUGAGAGAAGAAAAUUAUUAUAUGCCACAGAUUAACGAUACCAAUCUCUGGCCGCCUUUCUCAUUGUCUGUCACCCCAGUUAACAAUUCCUACACAUUCACCAGAAACGAAGGUGUCAAAAACAAUAGCGGAUUUGCCGGAUUGUUUCCAGUUUACUUUGUGCCAACACAAAGCGAGCAACCACCGAUUCAAAACACUAAUGACACUUACCGACCCAGCCCCGUUCAAGUGCAAUAUAUGCCGAGUAUGAUGUACAAUUGCCAGUCAGUAUUCCCGACGACUUCUUCCAUUUUUUGUCCUCCCAUGGCUUUCGUACCAUUACCGUUCCAACAACCAUCGCAACCGCCCCCGCAAAAAGAAGUCAUUGGCGGUGGUCAUCCGACAUCGUGUGUCGAUACUUCGAAUAUGCAGGGACAAAGAUCCUCAUUGAAUUCAAAUCCGUUCCUUCGGAGAUCGUCUUCGCAGGUUACAUCGAUUAAAGUAGAACCCGGAAGCGGAAUAGGAUCUGUCACAUCCGCCAGCUGUCUGAACAAGGCAAUUUCGGAUUGUUCUCGAAAGGACUUCGAAAUGCAAUCAGGAUCUUCCCAGGCUUUUUCGAUUAUUGACACGCCUGUUGACGGACCGAGUGUUGGUAACUACAAGACAACAGAAUCGAAUCAGCUAUCAAAAAUGCCGGAAAUGCAAGAGAGUGACGGUACUGGUGACGGAAGUAGUCAUUCAUCCUUAUAUUCAUCGUUCCUGAAGACUACCGAUCCAGGUUCCGACCCUAAUGACAAUUCUUCAGCGUCAGACAAUCGAAAUGCAUCGAGUAACAAUUUUUAUAAGAAACCGACUGUUUAUCCUGUUCGGAAUCGGGACCCUCCAUGGCUGGAGACGGUGUCAGUUACGCCCGAUUUAAUCUACCGAUAUCAGGUUUCACAAAAAACGAUGGACGAAAUACUGAAAUCUGAUAUGAAUUCGUUGAAGGGAGUACAUCAGAGAUUGUAGGUAAACGAGAGAGUUCCGGUCCAGAGAAAAGCGAUGCGAAGGAUAAUGGUCGGGGAACGGAGUCGGAGUGUAUUGGGACCAGUGGCGUAGGGCGAGGGAACGUGUCCAGUAUGGAAAUCAUUUACGUAGGGGGUAGAGGUUGUAGGUAGGCCAGGUAGUCUGCUCUUUGUGUGCUAUAUACAUUUUUUUUACGAGUUCCUAUGACUUUUACAAUUUCACAGGUAAGAUAGAUGAAAACAAAAAUUAAAUUAAUGCGAUCAAAUUUCCUUUCAGUAAAAAAAAUAUAAUAAAACUUCAUUUAUUUUAUUCUCAAAUAGAUACAGUAAAAAUUUGUUUUUGAUCAAGUACCUACCUACCUACAAUUUUUAGUAAAUACGUUCAAUAAUUUAUUCUCAACAAGUGGCUAUUUUGGAUAUAAUUUUUAAUCAAUGAAAACUCUUCUUUAUUAUGAUUCAUCAGGAAGUUUUGAUAUACAGCAUCGGUACUUUACAAAAAUCAAUUUUUUACUGUGAGGCAGUGUGGAGGAGGGUUGUAAACUGAAACUUAGUUAUAAUAUUACUUUAAAUUAUUGUUUUGAGGUCCUUUAUACUUUUGAUAAAAAUCGACAAGUUUAUGGUGUUAAGUAAAAGGUAUAAAUAAUAAUGAAAAUGGUAAAAAAAACAUUGGCUUCUUCAGGUGAAGAUAUUCAUUACAAUAAUUACAAGUAUUUGUUUUUUAUUAAAGAAAUUUGUGGGAAUAUAAACCUCAAAAUUUUAUAAAAACUGUUACUUAGGCACUGUAUCCUUUUAGAACUGAAUAAAAGAGGCAUGUGUUAAAUUAAAGGACUUGAAGGAAUUGAUCGCAAAUACUAAUUUCCUUUUCAUUUUACUGACCCUGUAUUUUUAUUUUCGUAUUUAUUUUAUUCAAAAUGUUUUUCGUUAUGUUUGCAAUACUUUACAUUACAAUGAGAUUUUGGCUUAAAAAGCAAUGAGGCAGUAAAGGAUUUAUUUUGUUUCUGCUGCAGAUUCAGUAGAAAAAUAAAACAUUUUGUUAAUAUAGUUAAAUACACAGGGUAGUCCAUUAAGCGCGCCUUGCUCUCUGGCAGUCUUGCCGUUGAAACUGGAAGAAAAUGUUCCCAGUGAAAUGAUAUAUAUGCGAAAAAUAAUUUCAGAGAUGGCGGACUUCCGGAUAUACUGGAAGUAUACAUCAGGUGCCUUAUGUUAAAUGGAACACCUUAUAUAUUACUAAAUUUUUGAAUUCAGCAUCGAUUUCUAGAAAUCACUAAGAUCGAUGCUGAAUUCAAAAAUUUAGUAAUAUAUACAGUGUUCCAUUUAACAUAAGGCACCUGAUGUAUACUUCCAGUAUAUCCGGAAGUCCGCCAUCUCUGAAAUUAUUUUUCGCAUAUAUAUCAUUUCACUGGGAACAUUUUCUUCCAGUUUCAACGGCAAGACUGCCAGAGAGCAAGGCGCGCUUAAUGGACUACCCUGUAUACUUAACUAUACUAACAAAAUGUUUUAUUUUUCUACUGAAUCUGCAGCAGAAACAAAAUAAAUCCUUUACUGCCUCAUUGCUUUUUAAGCCAAAAUCUCAUUGUAAUGUAAAGUAUUGCAAACAUAACGAAAAACAUUUUGAAUAAAAUAAAUA